CAGCCAUGGCAGGGAGCUCUAAUGUGCCCCACAAGACCUCGCUGCCUGAGGGCAUCCGAGUCGGCACCGUGAUGAGGAUUCGUGGUGUCGUCCCGGACAAGGCUGGCAGGUUCUAUGUGAAUCUGCUGUGCAGCGAGGCCCCGGGGAGUGAGGCCGCCCUGCAUUUCAAUCCCCGCCUGGAUGAGUCAGCUGUGGUCUUCAACACUCUGGAGCAGGGCACCUGGGGCCAAGAGGAGCGCGGCUCAGGCAUUCCCUUCCAGCACGGGCAUCCCUUCGAUAUGCUCCUCAUUGCCACGGAAGAAGGCUUCAAGACGGUGGUCGGCGACUCCGAGUACCACCACUUCCGCUACCGGAUCCCGCCGGCGCGCGUGCGCCUCGUGGAGGUGGGCGGGGACCUGCAGCUGGAUUCCGUGAAGAUCUUCUGAGACCCCCGGGAGGGCUGGGGCGCCGGGGUCCCAGCAGUG